CACGGCGCGGGGCCCACGGGUGAUCCCCCGGCUCCGGGAGAACAGAACCCGGUCCUCGGUACCCCCCGAGGGAAGGCGGGCGGUUCUGCGGGCCGGGAGAGGGCAGGAGAAACUUGACAUGGGGAAAAACACCAUGAGACUUCUCUAUACUUCACUUUCUCUUGCUAUGAUUUGCUGCCUUGCUGAAGGUACCCUGUCAAAAACAGAUGGAAAGAGAAGUGCUACAAAAAAAUUGGAAGAAAAGACACUGCAUUCUGACAGAAAUGUGCAGGACAGGGGACUGGUGGUUGUGGAUCCAAAGGCAAAGGACAUUAUACUGGAACACAGAAGUUACUGCUCCAAGAAGAUGAAGGAAAGAAAUUUCUUUGGAGAUGUUCUGGGAUAUAUUACUCCUUGGAACAGCCAUGGCUAUGACAUUGCUAAAAUAUUUGGAAACAAAUUUACACUAAUCUCACCAGUCUGGCUACAGGUGAAAAGGAGAGGGAAGGAAAGGUUCCAGUUCACUGGGCUCCAUGAUGUUGAUAAAGGCUGGAUGAAAGAUGUCAGAAAAUCCUCUAAAAACAUCAAAAUAGUGCCUCGAGUUCUGUUUGAUGGUUGGACUUAUCAAGACUUUGAGAGUGUUUUUGGCAGUGAGGAUGAGAUAGAGGAGCUUCAGAACAUGGUUCUGCUAGCCAAGGAUGAAAACUUUGAUGGCUUUGUAGUUGAAGUUUGGAGUCAGCUGGGAAAUCAAAAGCACAAGGAGCUGGUUCACUUGGUUAUUCACCUUUCUGAAGCUCUGCAUGAGGCUCACCUGAAGCUCAUACUGGUCAUCCCUCCUGCAGUUGCAGCAGGGACUAACCAGCCAGGAAUGUUCACAAAGAAAGAGUUUGGGGAGUUGGCCUCAGCAGUAGACAGCUUCAGUCUCAUGACCUAUGACUACUCAUCACCCCAUCGACCUGGUCCCAAUUCCCCUCUCCCGUGGGUACGAGCCUGUGUUCAAGCACUGGAUCCUGAUUCAAAAUGGAGGAAUAAAAUACUUCUGGGCUUGAAUUUCUAUGGCAUGGACUAUUCUGCUUUGGGAGCCUCUGGUGAGGCAGUCAUUGGUAGCAGGUAUGUUGAAACACUGAAGGAGCACAAACCAAAAAUUGUCUGGGAUGAACAAAUGGCUGAGCACUACUUUGAAUACAAAAAAAAUAAAGGAGGAAAACAUGCUGUGUUCUACCCAACACUGAAGUCCAUCCAGCUACGCUUGGAGCUUGCAAGAGAACUGGGCACUGGAAUAUCCAUCUGGGAGCUGGGACAAGGCCUGGACUAUUUUUAUGACCUGCUUUAAAAUAAGAGGUGAUCUGGGAAAGACUUUAUUUGCUUCAGUGAGACUCCAGCUUCAAUUCGUUUGGGUAUCCUGAGAGGUGAUUUU